GCAGCUGGAGAGGGAGGAGUCAUUAACCAGCCCAAAGUGAAACCACUUCUAGCUAGCUUUGUAAUCCUCACCCGGAGAUUUGUCAAAGCAAAUUGUACCAUUGUACAGGACAGACAGACACUCUCUCCCCUGAGCGAUAAUUUUUGGGGGGGUCUUUUCUGUCCCCUUUGUGUCUCCAGCUAAGACGAUGGAAUUUUUUAGGAAAGAAAACGAAGAGCCUGCACCAAAGUUUGUUCGUCGAAAGGACGAUAUCACAGGUGAUGAGGAGGAUCUCAUGAGGGUGGAGAUGUCUUGUGGACAUGCUGCAGAUCCUGGUUCCUUAACAGGUUGGUGCCGAAGUCUGUUAGACCAGGGUUACUUGAAGUUUCACUGCCCUGCUGAUGUUAAUGGGAAGAAAUGUGGGGCGGAAUGGUCCUAUCCGGAAGUCCGCCGGAAUGCUUCACUCACUGAAACAGAGCAACGGAACUUUGAAGAAAAACUUGCAAAGUUUGCAGCUAAAUAUUACCAUGACUUCAAAGAGUGUCCCAACUGCCACAGCUACGUGGAACGCCAAGAUCUGAAAAACUUGAGGGUGGUCUGUAUCCUUUGCCAUUCGCUGAAGGGGGUAGUCUUUGAGUUCUGCUGGCAGUGCCUGAAGCCCUGGAAAGGUGCUGGAGCACCAUCCGAGAGGUGUGAAAAUGUGGGAUGCAAGAACCAGUCCCUGGAAGUCUUAGCAAAAUGCAAGCUGAAGGAUCUUCCAGGAAGUGAAAUAAAAAACUGUCCCUCCAUCCGUGCUUGUCCCACCUGUGGGCGACUCAUUGAGCACAUGGAAAAGUGCAAAUAUAUUAUAUGUCCACAAUGUCAUGUUGAAUUUUGUUUCGCUUGCCUUGAAAUUGCUCGUAACUGCCAAGCCAGCAAAAGUGGUGCCUAUUUUCAAUACUGUGCAAAACCACUUGCUCCAAAACAAACACAAAUUCCGGUAUGGGCUCAGAAAUAAACAAUUGUUACAGCCAUACAGGCCAGGGAGAUUAGGAAAUGCCCCAGGGUCAGUACUCAGCUCCACCGCAAUACUCCCGAAUGCUACGUUAUCCCUCCUGUCAAAUUAAGCUUGAUGGACAGAUAAGAGAUUGAUCGAGAGUCAGGACAAGCCCACCCCCUCUGAUGACACUUUUUCCAGUAAGGAUUGCGUGUAUUGAAGGGAAUAUUAUAGGUAUGCUACACCUGAUAUUUAAGCCAUACGUGAAAAAAGAAAAUGCUUGUAAUAUAAAAUACAUAUGCUAUUUUUGUAGCUUGUUUAUGAUACUGGAGAACCCAUGCAAUUAACAGAUACUCAGAUUUUGCUAGACAGCAAAUAUAAAUUCAUAAUCAUAAUUUUAUUUCCCCUCUCUACAAGGUGGCUAAGACUGAACCAAGCUUAAACAAAACCAAAUACAAAAAUGUUUUUAUUUUCAUAGGCUUAGGAUAAAGAGGUUCGAUCUUGGCUUUUGAAGUAUUUUAUCUAACUGAAUGAAAACAACCAACAACACUCUUCCUGUGCAGUUCUCCAACCUUCCCCACAGGGAUAGUGAAAUAUGUGAAAGCCUUGUGAAAUAUGUCCAGCUUUUCACACACAGUACUGCAAUCUAACACACACAACCUGGGGAGUCCCUCUUGAACCCAGUAUUAAUCAAUCUUACUCUUUUCAUGGGUAAGAAAGUUCAGGCUUGCCAUUCAUUGGGAAUAGUGAGGGCCAGUUAAGACAUACCAAACACACCAAAUUUCUAAAUAUAACCUAUUGUGAAGCUGUGAAUAAACUGGUCUAUGUACAAUGUGUCAUCAUGCUGGCCUGUGGAAGCAAAACUAUGGGUCUUCUUUAUUCCAGUACAGCAAUAUUCUCUGUUCAAGGUUAGACAGUGAUUCUUAGAUAUCUACUAUUGUCACAUUACAGUACACUCUUCAUAGUUAAUACUAUAGUUAGCAUUUCAUUGCAAGACGGAUUUUGAUUUGCUUUGUAUCUCCACAAAUGUUUUUCUUGCUUUCAGAGGUUUAGCAUUAAAACUCAUUGACAAAUUAA